AUGCAUGAAGAAAGUGUCGAUCCUCAUGUGGUGCACUCGCUUCGCGCGCACCGUGGCGAAGUGGCGUGCGCCGACGUAAGCGGCGCUCUGCUGGCGACGGGCGGCGGCGAGGGCGCGCUGCAACUGUGGCGUUGGCGGCGCGGCGCGGGCUGGCUGGAGGCGGCCGGAGCCCCACGCGCGCAUCGCUUCGGUGUUACUGCGGCGCGCUGGGCCUGCAGCGGCGCGCUCUUCGCCUCCGCGGGCGUCGACGGCGCCGCUGGGAUAUGGACCAGGGAGCUGAAGCGGCGGCGCGUGCUGGCCGCGCCGGGAGCGACCGCGGCACGGGCGCUAUGCUGGGCGGGCACGCGGCUGCUCGUGGGACACGACGAUGGCGCGCUUUGCGUGUGGGCAUCGCGGCGGGGCACCCUGCUCGUGCGUCUGAAACCGUGCGAGGGGGCAUUGCAUGCGCUCGCCGCGCUGCCCCCGGCCGGUCUGCUGCUCGUCGCCUGCACCACUGGCACCCUCAAGUUUUUCGAUCUCGGCGAUGUGUACGCACGCGAUGAGGUGGGACACGAUCCGCCGGCGCUGCUCUGGGAAGACGGCGCGCACGACCUCGGCGCGCUGUGUGCAGCGAGCAGCACGUGCGGACGUGCGGCGGCCUCGGGCGGGCAUGAUGCGCGCGUGCGUCUGUGGCGCGCGGGCGCAGCGGUAGGCGAGCGGAGGGUACGCGCCGGCGGCGUGCUGAGCGGGCACGCGGCCGCGGUGACGGCACUGGCGUGGGUGUGCGGUACGCGGCUUCUCGUCAGCGCCUCGCUGGACAGUACGGCGCGCCUAUGGGCGUGCACGACUCUCACCUGCCUACGCGUACUGCACGCGCAUACGCGAUAUCUCACAUGCAUCGCAGUGUCUCCUGACUUUCGGUACCUUCUUACAGGGUCCAACGACCGCACGGUGCGCACAUGGUCGACGGGCGCUUUCGGCCUAGAUGAUGACGUGACCCCGUCCUGCUCGCUGCUCUCACAUUUUGGCCUCGGUGAUCUGAAGGUUGGAGCUUUUGGGGGUGAAAAUGAGCUGGUAGAAGGCAGCGGUGCGGGGGAAGGUGCGGGGGAAGGUGCGGGGUGCGGGGCGGAGGGCGCUCCACCGGAGAGGCUGUGGGUUUCGGAGGAGACACACGUUGGUGCAAUAAAUUCCAUUGUUAUCAUCAAAGACGUACUCGUCACCGCGUGCAGCGACGGCGGAGUGCGGGUGUACCGCUGGAGUGCACGACGCGGCGAGCUGGUGUGCGAGCGCACCUUACUCGCUCACAGAUUUCCCGCCGCGGCUGUUGACCUGGCGGACCUGGGCGCCGCCGGUACGUUGGUGCUCAGCGCGGGCCUCGACGGCCGCGCGGUGCUCUGGGACCUCCAGUCUGGCUCCGAGCUGUUGUCGGUGUCUGCGGGGGGCGCGGGGGGCGCGACGGGCGCGGCGGGUGCCGGAGGAGGCGUGCGCGGCGCGCGGCUUUCCCCACACCGGCCGCCGCUCCUGCUGCUAGGAAUGGACGACGGCGCACUCGCCGUGUGGACCGUACAGCAAUCUAACACUGAACCUAUUCACGUAUACGAGCCGUUCGCCGAGGCGGCGACUUGUUGCGCGUGGUCGGGCGAGGGGCGCAUAUGUGCGGCGGGUGGCGCGGGGGGUGAGCUGCGCGUGUUGGGCCCGCCGCCCGCCGCCGCCACGCUGCACGCUCAGCGCGACGCGCAUGACCUUGGUGUACUGAGCUUAGAUUUCGCACCGUUGCAAAACAAAGAUGAGUCGAAAUAUAUAAUGGCGUCCGCCGGUCGUGAUACACUGGUAAAAAUCUGGGAGAUCAGAUUUGAGAUGCGUUACGGGGCGGCGCAUGUCAACGUGCGGCUCGUGCACCGCGUGGAGGCGCACGGCGGGUCGGUGGAGUGCGCGCGGUGGGCGGCUGCGGGCGGCGCGCAGCUGGCCACCUGCGGCGCCGACGGCUGGGCGCGCGUGUGGCGCUUAGCUCCGGGUGGCGACGUACGGCUGGUGGCAGCCGUGCCAACGGGCGGAGCAGGUGCCGCGGUCGGGGCGACGGCAGCGGCCAUGCUGGGCCCGACACUGCUAGCCGUGGGCUCGCUGACGGGCGAACUGGCUGUGUGGCGAGUGCCGGCGCCGCUCGCCGACGUCGACGAGGACGAUGAGCCGGAGCCGCGCAUGUGGGGGCCGACGGGCGUCGCGCGUUGGUUGCGCGAUUACGUCACUCGUGUGCCAGAAGAUUCCGUGAGCGAGCAAGGCAGUGGGGCGACGAGCGGGGAGGCGAGACUGAGCGGGGCUCGACUGCUCCAGGAGCCACUGCCGGACCUGAUGCCCGAACUUUUGAGGCUGCUACGGCGGCUGCCCUCGGAUGAGCAAUGUCAUAUUCGUAAAAAUAAUAAUUUAAGAACAAAACUUAAAGAAGAAGCUAAUUUGGAUAAUGAGCGUCUGUUGAAACGACUCGAAGAGGAAAUCGAGUGGCUGCGGCGCGAGGCUCCCGCUCCCGAACUUGAAGCGUGCGCUCCGCACACUCUGCGCUGCCCGCUGACGCACGCGCUGUUCCGCGAGCCCGUGCGCGCCGCUGACGGCUUUACCUACGAACGUGCAAACAUACUGGAUUAUUUUUUCGUUAAUGAAGCGGCCGUGUCUCCGUUGACGGGGCGGCGACUGCGCAGCGCACACCUGUCGCCCAACCUCGUGCUGCGUCAGCAACUGCGCGACUUUCUGUGCAAAUCUACCGCGCCCGACGCAAGCGGAUCAGAUCUGUCCCGACCUGCUCCGAAUUGACGUGAACCGACGUUUACA